GAGACUUUGUAGAGUGUUUUAGUGAAGGAUAUGAUGAUGAUAAUUAUAGAGGUCUAAGGAGAAUGUUAGGGAGAUUAGCAUAGCAUGAUCAGAGAACCUCUGCAUUGAACUAAGAGGAGCUGCUAAAUUCCAUGGUUGUCCCUAUUCCAAACAAGGUAAAAAGGAUGUGGCGUGAAUGGAAUCUUCGUGUCGCUGUUCUCAUCAGUCUCUUCUUCCAAGUAUUGUUGAUUUUCAUUGCACCAUCCCGGAAAAAUACUAAAAAUAGAAUUGUAACCUUGUUGGUAUGGGGCGCUUAUUUGCUCGCAGAUUGGAUCGCAGUAUUAUCUGUUGGACUCAUCUGCAGUGGCCAAGGUAACGAUUGUGAUGAGUAUUGUGUGAAAGAUGAUCUCGCUGCUUUUUGGGCUCCAUUUCUUUUGUUACAUCUCGGUGGCCCAGAUACCAUUACUGCUUUCUCCCUCGAAGAUAAUGAAUUGUGGCUUCGGCACUUGCUUGGCCUUUUCAUCCAGCUUGCUGCAGUUGUUUAUGCCUUCUGGCAAUCAGUCCCUAACCAAUUUCAGAUCCCAACAAUCUUCAUGUUUUUUGCUGGAACUAUUAAGUAUGCUGAGCGGACACGUGCUCUAUAUCUAGCAUGCUUCGGUAAUUUAAAGCACUCUAUGCUUCCAACCUAUGCUCUACUUAUCAAGGAAGUCAAAUUAAUGUUGGACAAUAUUCCAUUUGGGAUUGCAAAUGGAAAGGAACUUGAGACCUGGGAUGAAGAAAGCUUAACACCUAACCCCUUAACUGAUAUUGACGUGGUGAAAAAUGGGUACAUGUUCUUUCAAAUAAUCAAGAGACUGAUAGUUUUUCUGACGUUUACCUUCCCUGAGCGCCAUAAGAGUCGAAAGAUUUUCCUUGAGAUGACUUGUAAAGAUGCUUUUCGAGUAAUGGAAAUGGAGCUCAAUUUCAUGUAUGAUGCGCUUUAUACCAAGAUGGUUGUGGUGCAGAGGAAGAUUGGGUACGCUUUCCGCUUCAUUUGCUCUGUUUUGAUUGUGGUUUCCUUUGCAUUGUUUGCAUCCCAUCAUAAACACCAACUCCAACCCUUGGACAUUGUUGUCACCUACACUCUUCUUAUUGGUGCUGUUGGAUUGGACUUUGUAUCACUUGUCAAGCUCAUCUUCUCUAACUACACUAUAGUUUCGCUCAAUAAUUCCAAUGCUGAAGAAAUUGUUUUUGCGAUCAAGGAAAGACUUUCAUUUGGGGAAAGAUGCCAGCGAUCCAACUUUGUCUCACAACAUAGUUUGAUCAGUGACUGCAUCAUCAACGAACAGUUCAAAUGGUUUGAAAGAGUAGUUGACUUUUUUGGGCUCAAGGAUUUCUUUGAUGAGAUACAAUACAAAAGAAACUCACCAUUGACCGAUGAUUUGAAAGAGUUCAUAUUUAUGGAGAUAAAGAACAAGGCUCUCCAAGCAGAAGACCCAGAAUAUUCCAAGGAGAUAUGUUCAGCAAAGGGAAAUUGGGUUCUCUCGCAAUACGAUUGUCUUCACCCCUCGAUUGUAAACAGUGUGAAAAGGGAAGUCGAAUAUGAUCAUACCCUUUUGAUAUGGCAUGUUGCUACUGACAUAUGUUAUCACAAAAAUGAAUAUAGCGAUGAAGAAAAAAAUAGCCAAAAUAGGGAAUUUUGUAAGAUUUUGUCAGAUUAUAUGUUAUAUCUUAUUGUCAUGCAGCCUGCAAUGAUGUCAGAGGUGGAAGGUAUAGCGCAAAUCAGAAUUCAGCACACAUACAAGAAGGCCAAAAAGGUCUUGAAGUCACAUAUGAAUGUGAAGCCCCCAAACAUAUUUGAAAAUUUCAAGAAAUUCUUUCAAAGUAGACAAUCAGAAUUGAUGCUAGAAAGGAUCGUAGCGUGCCAGAUUCUAGGAUUAGAAUGUAACGUGGCAGAAUGUGGAUGCAAAUCGGUUUUGUUUGAAGGAUGCAAUCUCGCAAAGGAGCUGAACAAGUUGGGGAGUGAGAGGAGAUGGGAGAUAAUGAGCAGAGUGUGGGUGGAAUUGUUGUCAUAUGCUGCAACUCAUUGUGGAGGACUUGCUCAUGCCCAGCAACUCAACAAAGGCGGUGAGUUUAUUACUUUUGUUUGGUUAUUGAUGGCUCAUUUUGGUUUGACGGAAAGACUCCCCAUUGGAUCGUGCAUGGUUGGAACCACACAUUGA